GGCCGGCUUCGGUUUUCAGGCUGUGUUUGUUGCAGACGUUUUCCCUUAGGAAGUCCAACAAUGUCUGCCACCAUGUCAAAGGUGGACCCUUGGAAAAACACGGACCCUCCUGAUAUGUCUGUUGUGAUCUGUGGAGAUAGUCUGCAAGUAACAUGGAGUGAUGUGGACCACGUUCACUGUGGCCUCUUCAAUUUCGGAGAGUCCUGUUACAUGAAUGCGACUGUUCAGGCCCUUCUUCACCUUCCGCCCUUCAUUCAUCUUGUUCGCACUCUGUCUGGCCAGCAUAGAAGAGGCGGCAAAUCUUCAUGUGAUUGUGUUGUGUGCGCCUUCAAUACAACAUUCUCUGAGAUGAAGGCAACAACAUCCAUUCUUUCUCACCAGAGUUUGGCUGACAAACUCCCAGUGAUAAACAAGAAGUUGAAGCUCAAUAAGCAGGAGGAUGCUCAGGAGUUCUUGAUUAGCGUCUUUGACAGGAUUGUGCAUGAGGAGGUUGUGCGUCAUUCUGAAAAGCAGUCACUCUCCUAUUGCGCUAAACUCACGACUGGCAUUGAUUCCCUGUUUGGAUUUUGGCUGGAAACAACAAGUGUCUGCCUUGGAUGUGGGGCUUCGCACACCACUUACAGCAGUCACCGCCACCUUCUUAUUCCCACUUCUGGCAAGACUGUCCAAAAGGGCAUAGAUGCUGUUAUGUCCAAUACUGAAACUGUACAGGGGUAUGCAUGUCCUGCCUGUCAUGUGAAGCAAACUUGUUCGAAAUCCUUACAGUUUCACACGUACCCAAAAACUUUGGUUGUGACUGUAGAUAGAUUUGUCAACAGUGAGAACGAUUCAAAGGAUGGAACUCCCCUGGUCAUGAACCGCAAGAUAUCUGUGGGAACAGCAACCUAUUCAUUCAGAAGCAGUGUCAUCCAUCAUGGUCCAGUCAAAACCGCAGGGCACUAUACUUGUACAGCAGUCUGCCCCGAUGACUCAUGUGUGGAGUUAAAUGAUUGUGAGGUGAAACCUCACUCAAAUAGUGCUCAGGCAUACGCAACCCUAAUUGGUUCUUAUUUGAUUUUCUAUCAGCUUGAAAGCAAUAUGGUAUUGAAGGUGGUUAAGCGGUCAAGGAUACCAACUCCCACCAAAUUGAGUCCUGCGUCCAAGAAGUGGAAAAGCCCUUUUGAGAAGAAAUUGAGUGGAGGUAUUCUCCAACACCUGUCUCCAAAGAAACCUGGAAAGACUUUGACGUUUGGGAAAUCGAUCCUGAAACAAUGUGCUUCUGCUUCAGAGCUUUUAGCUGAGCCAUUACAGUCUGACAACAGUGAUCAAUAUCAUAAACCCACCAACAGCAGGCUACCCAAGCAAGUUCAUAAGUCAAAUGAGCAAAAUUUGAGAGCAGCCUUGCCUCCUGUACCAUCACUGAAAAUUCAGAUAAGUCACAGGACACAGCCGAAGGACACUUUGUCACAGUCAUCUCAUGAGUAUGCCAUUGUUCCAAUUGGGGAAGAAACUUCUCAGGAUUCGUCCUCGAUUGAAGAGGGCACGAACAAGAAUAUGACUGUCAGUUGUUCACCCUGUGCAGCCGUUCCUUCCUUGAAAAUCCAUAGAAGCCAGAGGUUACACCCCAAAGAUACUUCAUCCCAGUCUUCACAUGAAGGUACCAUUGAGGUGCUCAACCGAAGUAGCAGUGACAUUUUUGCUGAUGAUUUUGUUGAUGAACUGCCAGCCGCACAAUCUUUUACUUUUGGCAGUCCAAAUGUCAGUGUACAGCGCCCUGAAGUUCCUCACUACAAUGAAGGUGACAUUGUAUUGUCCGAAAGUGAUGUUCCAGGCGCCAAGCUGCCAAAUCCUACUGUAGAGGAAAAUGUGGUUAGGGAUCUAAAGAGGUGGUUGUAUUGCCAUGGGCAAAAUGUGAGAGGAAAUAAGACUGCAUUGAUUGCAAGGGUUGUCGAAUGUAUGAAUAGAGCGGAGCCACCACUAGUCAGGAGAGAUGCAGAUAAGGGUGUUUGGAUUAGGCGGAAACUUGACAGACUUCGCAUGGCCUACAGUAUACAGUGUUCUCAAAUAAAUUUCCCUGAUUGUGGCUUUGGGACGUUCCCGAGCAGGGAUAUACCCCAGAGCUUCAACUUUGGUAGCAUCUUCCAUUACCUCCUAGAGUCAAGACCGAUGCUUCAGUGCAGCAGUUCCAGUUCUGACGAGAGUGCAGAUGAGGCAUUGGAAAUUGUCCACAUAGUACAAAUGAAAGACCCAUUCACUGAUCCGAAGUGCAAGGAGAUGCUCCGUGUGAAGGUCUUGAGAAGGGGUCUGCAAUACGUCAAAAGUGGAUGGGUCAAAGGACUCCAAGACUGUUCUGAUGGAAGAUAUUAUUAUGUGAAGGCCCAUGUGAGAGCGUCCAUGGAGCCCGAAGCAUACUGGGUCUACAUUACGAUAUCCACAAUUACUGGUGGAGUAUGCCAAGCAACCUGUGGAUACCCCUGCCCGGCCACUGCCAAUGGCCGGUGCAGUCACGUGAGCGCAGCGUUGCUGCAGAUACUGGCACACAUCCAUCUCAAUGGCUACGGGUGAAAGAAGCUCUUUCCUUCUUCCUACCAUAGUAAUGGGGGAGAGCUCUGGGAUCAUCAUGUACUUAUCGCGUUAAGUGGUAAGAUAAGACAACAAAAUGAUAAUCUGAGUGCAUCGGCUUUUUGCAUUCUCUUGAAUUGCAUCUUGGUUUUGAUCUCCACUUACAGCGUUCUUUGCUUCCUUGUAUAAGUCUGAGUGAUUCUUUCAGGGGAAUAUUUGGGUA